AUGUCCGAGUCUGAGGGAAAUUCUUUCAACGAGAACGAAGAUGAUCAGGUGGUCGGGCUUGUCGAGUACAUCAACGAUCAGAAUGCUGAGAUUGAACAAGCCAAUCUGAUACUCGAGGCGUCCGAAAGCGACAGUUGCACUUACUCUUUGGGAUACAUGAACCGACAAGCGUUGUACGCUUGUCUGACUUGCACUGAAAAAGACAAGUUGCCUGGUGCUAUAUGUUUGCCCUGUAUGUACGAAUGCCAUGAAGACCAUGACUUGGUUGAGUUAUGGACAAAAAGGAAUUAUCGUUGUGACUGUGGAAGUGAUAAGUUAACAUCAGAGUGUAAAUUGGAACCGUCGAAACCUGAAGCAAAUGACCGCAAUGUUUACAACCAAAAUUUUAAGGGUUUAUACUGCAUUUGUCAACGCCCGUAUCCCGAUUCUGAAAAUACUGAUGAAAUGGUACAAUGCAUCGUUUGUGAAGAUUGGUAUCAUAGCAAGCAUUUGGGUACAAAAGAUAUGAAUCCAGAUGAUUAUUCUGAAAUGAUAUGUUCUGGCUGUACAUCAAAAUUAAGUUUCUUACCAGCUUACAGCCAUUUAAUUGUGACUGAUGAUUCGGUACAGAACAUCGAAAAAGGUGAUGAAUCUGAGGAUGUCGAUGUUGUGGAUACAGUUAAAGAAUCUGAAGAUAAUGUUGAAAACGGUUUAAAUGUUGUAUCCAAGGACAUGACAUCCGACAAUGCUAAAGCUGGUACUUCUAGUGGUGAAAACUGUAAAUUGAUAAAUGCAAAAUACCCAAAGAAAAUUAACGGAAGUUCUUUCUGGGUAGAAGGUUGGCGUCAAGAACUUUGUACAUGUUCUAAUUGUAUUGAACUAUAUAAGACAGAAGGCGUUCCAUUUAUUACCGAUCAACAAGAUACAUUACAGGCAUAUGAAAACAAAAGCCGUGAAAGAAUGAUAGCUAAGGAAAAACAAAGUGAAGAUGGUCUUUCCAAAGCAUUAUCAUCUAUGGACAGAGUGGCAGCAGUGGAAUUAGCUCACCAGUAUAAUCAGUUCAAAGAAGAACUAGGAGACUGGUUGGGCAGCUUUAAAGGGGAUAAAGUUGUUAAAGUGGAAGACGUGCAAGAAUUUUUUUCCGGUAUGCAAGCGAGAAAGCGUGCUAGGAUGGAUGAUGGAAUUCCUCCAAGUUUCUGUCGUUAA